AUGCAGGCGCAGGCGCUCGAGAUGCAGGGGCAGCUGCAGGCCCAGAUGCAGGCGCAGGUUCUCGAGAUGCAGGCAAAGAUGCAGGCGCAGAUGCAGGCGCAGCUGCAGGAGAUAGUCGGCGACUCGACGGCGAGCGCGGGGCCGGCCGAGGUUGAGGCGGUGGUGGCGGCGCUGCGGGAGGAGCUCGCCGCUCGGCAUCCGCUGCGCUCGAGCGCCGCCUACCUCGAGCGGCUCGAGCGCGCCCGGCGGCAGCCGCCUCUGCUCGCCCCUUCCCCCAGCGAGGGAGGGGUGAGCAUCGCAGCGCCGGCGGUGAGCGUCGCGGCGUCCUCGUCUUCGGUCCUCUCGUCGGCGUCGUCGGCCGCCCCCUCCUGCAACACGGGCAGCUCGCACCACAGCCGCCACGACGACAACGCUUGGCCUCUACUGCCGGCGGAGCGCGAUGGGGAGGAGAGCAUGCCAGCGCCCAUGUCAGCGCCCGAGCGGGGCAAGUUUGGGCGCGUCUUCAAGAGGGGUCGCGCCGCCCGCGGGAAGACGCACCUGAGCGAGACGCUCUGGACUGCCGUGCACGGAGAGGCUGCGGGCGUGUCCGACGCGCCGUCGCGGCCGGAGGGCGAGGGCGCGAGGCAGCGCGACCUCGACAAGGUGCAGACCGAGCUGCGAGCGUGGUACGUCGGCGAGGACAGCGACGGCGUCAACCGGUUCCUCCGGCUGCCCCUCUCGCCCGGCACGGCGAGCCUCGCCGAGGCGGAGUCGAGCGCGCGCCAGCUCUUCAAUCGGCGUGCGGAGUCCGACCUCGUGCUCCAGGCUAUCGAGCCCGAUGGCGCGCGCGUCACGCUUGUGGAGGACGAGGACUUGCGGAGCGCCCUCGCCGCCGCCGACACGAGCCCGCUACAGCUUCGCCUCGCGCCCCCCAACAGGGCGGCGAGCUCUCCCAAGAGGGCGGUGAGUCCGCUGAGCGAUGGGCUGGUGAGCGCAAGCGCUUCGGAGGCGGGCGGGAGCGAGAUCUCGUCGUACCUCUCCUCGUCGCUGCAGGACGGAGCAGCGGAGGCGCUGCUCCAAGACGUGCUGCAGCGGCUCGGUACGAUCGAGUCGCACGGUCGGAUCGGGGCAGCAGAGCCUUUGAUCGGCGCCGCCGCUAGCACGGACCGCUGGAACGAGCUCGAGGACCGCGUCGCGGCCGCGGUGGAGCGCGUUGCCCAGGUCGAGGAGCGCGCGAUGGACAAGGCGUUGCGGGAGAGGGAGCAGCGCGCAGCUGCGGCGACAGAUCGCGUCGAGGAGGUGCACGACAAGAUGGACAAGGCGUUGCGGGAGAGGGAGCAGCGCGCAGCUGCGGCGACAGAUCGCGUCGAGGAGGUGCACGACAAGAUGGACAAGGCGUUGCGGGAGAGGGAGCAGCGCGCAGCUGCGGCGACAGAUCGCGUCGAGGAGGUGCACGACAAGAUGGACAAGGCGCUGAAGGACGUCCCGGCGCUGAUGCGGUCGCCGGCGGGGGGCAGGCUGAGCUUUGCGCAGCUCGACAAGAACAACGACGGUUUCAUCGACGCGUCAGAGUUCGAGGCGGCUGGGCUGGCGGUCCAAGGGACGGGACCGCCGCGCCCGCCAGUGGUGCGAGUGGGCAAUGACGGCGUCAACCGCUACUUGUCGCUGCCCCUCUCGCCCGGCACGGCGAGCCUCGCCGAGGCGGAGUCGAGCGCGCGCCAGCUCUUCAAUCGGCGUGCGGAGUCCGACCUCGUGCUCCAGGCUAUCGAGCCCGAUGGCGCGCGCGUCACGCUGACGGCAGACGAGGACUUGCGGCGUGCCCUCGCCGCCGCCAGCGCUGGGAAUCAGCCGCAGCUGCAGCUGAGGCUGACGCCUCGUCGGUACGAGUCGCUCGACGAGCGGCUCGAGAGGAGGAGCUUCGGGGAGGGCAGGGCGGACGCGCUCAGCUCCAAGGGCGGUGGCGGCGGUGGUGACGACGAUGACGGCGGCGUGCCGUUGACCAAGCGGGGCGCGCGUGCGAAGGCGGCGCCAAAGCCGCAGGGGCUGCAGGCACGGGGCCGCGCCGGGGCACUCUCGCCAGACGGCAUGAUGGCCGCCGAGAUGCGGAAGCGGCAGAACAAGAAGCUCAUCAAAGACCGCGACGAGGUGAUGGAUCUGGUGAAGCGCGCAGCGGGCCCGAUCGAGACGGCCGCUGCGCUGCGCGCCACGUACACCGAGGUGUCGGAGGGGCUCUCUGCUGUGGGCCUCACCAUCGGCGGCUCCGAGGCGCUCGACGACCGGCUGUACAUCAAGCAAAAGGGGAGCCUCGUCUACUCGGAGGAGGAGCUCGACAUCGUCGAGAAGGCCGACUACCGGCUCGGCCUGAUGCACUCGGUGAAUGCCUGGUCCGGGCUGCUCGACUCUCGGCUGCAGACUGCGACGCGCGUACUGGAGAACGGCAUCGGCGGAACCAAGGCCGAGCGCGACCAGGCGCUGGCCGGCGCGCUCAAGGAGGCCAAGGAGAGCUUGCGCGUGCACAACUCCAUCUUCGAGGACGGCACCUCCAAGAAGAUCCUGGCCGACAUCGACAAGGAGGGGCUGCCGCACGACGUCUCGGAGCGGCGAGACGAGCUGAUGAGCAGCUGCACGAAGCUGCUCGGCGUGGCGGUCGACUCGGUCUGCGAGAGCGCCGAGGCCGCGGUCAACGAGAAGGUGGCCGCGAUCCGGAAAGGCAACGCGGCCGGCGUCGUAGCGAGCAUUGACGGCAAGGUCCGGCCCGCCCUCGAGCACCUCAAAAAGGAAGGAGGGCCGGAGCUGACUGCCGAGCAGAAGGGGCGGCUCGACGAGGCGGAGAAGGUCGUGCGCGCAGCGGCGCCAGCGGUGGGCGGCGAUGACGACAGCGAUUGA